GGGGGAGGUGGUGAGGGAAAAAGAAGAGGACGAGGAGGGACCCGAGACGUGAUGGCCGCCGCCGGCAGCUCUGUGUGAGAGCCCUCAUUCGACCCCCCGGCCUCUCUUUCUGCCCGAAGUGGACCUGCCCGCCUCAGGGAAGCAGCCGCGGCCGAGCGGGAGCGGGGCGACUCUCCAUCCCCUGACUGACAAGCAGACACUCAGACUUCCAGCUUUUCCCCUGCGGGCUUCGGCCUUCUCCUCCUGCUGCUGCUGCCCUGCUCUGCUAGGCGUCCCCUCGAGGCCUCCGUCAGUGUAGGGGGAGCAGUUUGGAGGUCGCGAGCGUGUGGUUUGUGGCCUGGUUAGGUCUUCAGUGUGGGGAGGGAGGUGGAAGGGGGGCCUCCUAGUGAGCUCAGGUGUUUGGUGAGGCUCUCCUUUGAGGAGGGAGAGGCUGAGGGGUCUGCAGGAAGGGGGGGGAGGUUCUCCCUUUUUGAGGUUGGGCCAAGUGGGCUUCAGCCGAUUAAGGGGCGAGGCUCCUUAGAGACCCCAUGGGACUCUAUAGAAGGGAAGGUUUUCAGAGUAGGGCUAGGUAGAUACUGGGAAGAACUGGAAAGGUCUUUUUUAUUUGGAGGGUUCAUGGUCUUCUGUUUGAAGGGGAAUUGUGUUUUUUUUAAAGUGGGGGAGGACCGCGUAUUUUGGCUGAGCUCUGGGAGGGGCUUCUUCUACCCAUUCAGUUCAGAUAGAUCUGUAUAGCACAGGUCGGGAGAGCAAAUCCUUGUGGUGCGUUUCGGGCUCCUUUGGUGACAGGAUUGUAUUGGGGUCAUGCAGGGUUUCCAAAUCUGGGUUAGGUGACAGUUUUAAUGCUGGGAGGCGAGGAGGGCCUGGUAGCGCAUGAGGUGGAGGGUCUUACAGGGUGUAAAGAUUGAACUUAAGCGGCUUCACGUUGCUGGAAGAAAGAAGCACUUUGUGAGGGCUUGAAUGGGAGGCAGUUUUCAAGGAGCUAUAGAGAAUGGUGUUGAAUUUUGGGUGUCAUAUUGGGUUUCCCUGCAGGUAGUUGACUUGUUGGGUGUGGAAGACUAGUAGUGGUCUAGUAAUUAGACUGGUAGUUAAUGAAACGGGUUGCAAUUAGCCUGUGUAGCUUGGGGUGAGACAGUUCAUCCCGUAUCCGCUGUGAAUUUCCCUCCAUCUCUCCUUGGUGCAGUUCUCCAUCAAGCGCCUCUGAUGCCAGAACAAGGCCCCAGAAUGAACGGUUUCUCUCUGGGCGAGCUAUGUUGGCUCUUCUGCUGCCCACCUUGCCCCAGCCGCAUAGCUGCCAAGCUGGCUUUUCUGCCCCCAGAGCCCACGUACACUGUGAUGCAACCAGAACAGCAGGAAGGUGGGGCUGCUUCAGUGGGGACACCGACAGGUAGCUGCAGCCUGCACUUGACUGAGCGGGCGGACUGGCAGUAUUCCCAGAGAGAGCUGGAUGCCGUGGAAGUCUUCUUUUCACGCACAGCCCGAGAUAACCGGCUGGGAUGCAUGUUUGUACGCUGUGCUCCUUCUAGCCGGUAUACACUGCUGUUCUCCCAUGGCAAUGCUGUUGACCUGGGCCAGAUGUGCAGCUUCUAUAUUGGUCUAGGCUCCCGCAUCAACUGCAAUGUUUUCUCGUAUGAUUACUCUGGUUAUGGAGUGAGCACUGGUAAACCAUCUGAAAAAAACCUUUAUGCAGACAUCGAUGCAGCUUGGCAGGCCCUCAGAACAAGGUAAAUGGCUGUUGGGUAAACAUGCCCAUGAAAAUGGUGGAGGGUAUUUCUAAUUUCUUUGGGGCUGCUUGUUUGACCCUAUAGUUUUCCCUUGUUGUGGAAUCACUGUAAACUGGCCUCCUUUGAUGCAAUAAAGUUGACCACUCCACCCGUUUUUUGUGAUGAUGAGUUACAUGACCUCAGAAUCAUGCAAGCUCCUGACAUUCAAGGGAGUUUACGUUCCUUGAACGGCAGCCCCCCAUGCUUUUUAGCAAAUCUCUCCUGAAACUGAGAGGGUGUUCAAAAGCAACUUGUAGCAUAGCAUUGCGAGCUACAGUUGGAGUGGUGGGGAAUGCUUGGGGUCUUAAUUGAACCUAAACUAUCUUUAGAUCCUAGAUUUUGGAAGGUGGUGGUAUUCUUGACUUGCUGUUCUGAUCAUGGAGCAAGAAAUGCUCAUUGUAAAAACAUGGCGUUAAGAAACAUAAGGAAAGCCCUGCUGGAUUUAGGCCCAUCUAGUCCAGCACCUUAAGCCUUAAGUGUGAUAGCCACUUGUGAUUUCUGGCAACCGCUAUUCAAAUGCAUACUGCUUCCAACAGCGGAGAUAGAACAUAGCUUGUUGUAUGUACUCAUGACAGCUAAAUGGUACAAGAGAACAGUAAUGGCUAAUUAUUAUACAUCAUGGUUUCUUUGUAUUCUUGGACAGUGCAACAGGGUAAAAUAUGACAUUUUAGAAUGCUAGUAGCAUUACCAAGGAUUAAAUGUACCAGUUGCAUCAUUGCAUACUAUGAUGAAGCUUCAGCACUAAGGUGAGUAUGGGAGUACCAGAGCUGGUGUGCUGCACUCUUCAGAGUUCUUAAUCUAUUUAGUACGUGAUGAACUUAUGCAGAGACCUUUCACCCACACAGUCUAUUUUUAAAAGAUCCAAAGUUCAGGUACAUUUGAUAACUACCUAUAACAAGGAAGUUUCUAUCAGUGUUUGUUUCUAGGGCUUUGUCUUUACUUUAGAUUUAGUUCUUGGCAGGUAGUUGAUGGUUUCGUUUUGAGUAUUUGCUCCAACGAAGCCAAGAUGGAUCUUGCCCUCAAUGCAAAUUGUUUGAUUUGGGGCUAAUGCUGAGUAGAUACUGUAUAGCUUUGAGCAUAACUGUUGAACGGUUGUGCUAGAUUGGCUGCUGGCUGAGAAGACCAGUUACUUCGAGGUAGGAGUCAGGGGCAGUAUGCUUCGGAUUACCACUUCCUGGAAAGUUCAGGAGUGGCAAGUGCUGUUGUGCUCAGGUCCUACUUGUGGACUUUCCAUAGGCAUCUGGUUGACCACUGUGAGAAUAUGAUGCUGGAAAAGAAGGGCCGCUGGCCUGAUCAAACAGCCUUUUCUUAUAUUCUUAUGUGUCUUACAUGUUUCUUUGCAGUUUCUCAAUACUGUAUACAGACUUUUCCCUUGCAAAUGGAAUCCAGUUUAAUGUAUUGUAAUUUUGUUCUCCGUGAAAAAAAUGAAAAAGUUCUUGACUUUGCUUUGUUUACUGUCCCAAACAUUUAAAUCAGGUAGGGGAAACCUGUUGCACUCCAGAUGUUGUUGGUCUCCAGCUUGCUCCAUCCUCAGCCAGCAUGGCCAAUGGUCAGUGAUGAUGGGAGCUGUAAGCCCAAAACACCUGAAAAGCCAAAAGUUCCCCAUCUCUGAUUUAAACUCAGUUAAACUGGGAGGCUCUUGAACCCAUCAUUGCAUGUGGAAACCCAGGUUGUAUAAAUGACUGAAAGUGUUCUUCUUCCCCAUUCCUCCCUCCAAACAAACAUACUUAUCCUGAUGAGACAACUGUGACCUUUCAGCUCAGAAAGAUUUGUUUUCACCUUUAUGGGCUUGAGAUUUGACUAGUGGGAGAGGUUGUCUUCAAAUACAUGUCAUUUCGUCUUUAGCUUGCUUUAGGAUUGACAACAAACUUAUCUAACCCAGGAAGCAUGUUCCCCAUGAACAGAAUAAUCAGUUAUGUAAUUAACACAGGUUAUGCAUGUGUUUGAUGUAAUAAGAAACACUGAUAAUCCAUUCAGUUUGAGAAGAGGCUAACUGAGCUAGGGAGGCUCUGUGUCCUAAUUGAAAAUGAAUGUUCAGGGAGUAGUCAGGGAGGGAUGGAAUUUGAACAAUAUUAGAGGGCAGAAAGGAGCCCAUAGGGGAUUUGGGACUGGAUUCACGAGGAAGGACAUUUGGCCACUGAAACAUCUCAAAUCUGUGCAGUCUUGUCUUGAGUAUUUGGCGGUUGGGUGUAUUAAAACAAUUGUGUGUCACAUUUUCCCUAUGAAUGGCAUGCAAGCUGACUACUAGCUAAUGACAGAGGCUGCAUUCACAUUUUUAAAGAAAGCUAUCUUGCUAAUAUGGCCUUUUUGUUUUUAUAUGAUUCUUUGGCAUCUGAUGAAUGUACUGUUAGAAGCUGGUUUCUGAAAUUUCUAAAUUUGUUCUUUUGUAAAGUUCUAUGCCUAAUUUCCGCUAGUCAUUCUUGGUACUUUAUUUCAAGAUUCCUGAAUGGGUUUGAUGGACCCAUGUACUGUUCAUUGGCAUCAAAUCUUGAUCUGGUGAUUUAAAGUGGCCACACACCUUUCUGGCUUAAGCUGUUUAAAGGGCCACCCUUGAUACUAGCCUGCCUGUGCUUUGAGAUGGGCCUUGGGGGCUCUACUGGUCUGCCAGCUGGUGAGUUCUCAUUGGGGUAGAUGGACAUGAGAGAGAUGGUAUUAUCAGCAGUAGCCCCACAGUUACGGAAUUAUCUCCCAGGUGGUGUAUAUAAGACACCUUGUAUGCAAGCCUUCAGGCAGGCACUAAGUUAUUUCAGGUUGCAUUUUCUAAAUAAGUGCUGUGAUCCUAUUGAUUUUUAGUGAUGUUUAAAUGGGCUUUAAAAGCAAUGGUGUGUGACUGGUUUUAUGACUUAGCUGGGUUGUGUUUUUUUCACAUUGUAAAUUUUGGGAUUUGUAAUUGUAUUUAGUCUUGUAGAAGCCAAUUUCUGAGGACAUUUAUUCUAAAAAGCAGAUUAUAAAUGUUGUAAGUGCAUAAAUAGAAUGUAAAUGCUUUCCCACUGAAAGUUCCUUGUCUAGCAACCUUCACUUGUGCGGCAUUAAAGGCUUAAUUUAAUUUGGGUCACGCUGCCUCGAUUUGUUUCGAAGAAUGGAAUACUUGGGUAUAUGAGUUUAAAUAGUAUGUUUUGAUUGUGUGAGGAAAUUCUUGAUAUGAAAAGUAAUCUCAUAACAAAAUUGCCUGCUGUAAUAGAUUUUUGUUUGUAGGCUUAUGGUGUGUUUCAAUAAUACCUCUUAACGACAUUAUGUGAACAAGGGAAGAGCAUUUCAGCCUGACUUGGAGAAAAUUAAAUCCGGCUUUUGGCCAAGGUGUACAGUUAACUACAAUCUACUUAGGAUUUUUUACAUUGCAUUCUUGAAUGCAUUUGAAUUCUUUGGGACUUUAACAAUUGCCUCUUUCUUUCUACUGCAGACAAUAUAAAAUGGCAUCGUAUUCAUUAUUGGAGAUUGUGAUCUUUAACGUCUUGACUAAACUCUGCAUCUGGUUUUCAGUGAGUGGAAAAUAAUUUUGGUAGAAAUAUAAAAGUACCUUAGGCUAGCUGUGUGUUAUUGUGCAUAAAUGAUGGCUAAAUAGGUGCCUAUCGCCUAUUCUUUGUCUCCUCUCACCCCUCGUAGUAGAACAACAGCUUGCACUUAAUUUUCUUCCAUACUUAGCAUUUAUAUAUAACACAGAUUAUGCAUUUAAUUGCUCAACUAAAUUUCCAGAAAUUCAUUAUGCGUGUAAUCAUUCCAUUGAGAUCUCCCAAGUUGAAUAGUAAUAAAUAGAAGAGUGAUAACCCCUUAAGACAGCUGGCCUAUAUUUUUGUUACAGUUAAAGCUGCAGUCCUGUAUACACUUACCUGGCAGUAAGUCGCAUUGAAUUCAGUGGCACUUAGCUUCUUCUGUGAAUAUAUCUAUAAGAUUACACUGAAUAUGUGGGUUUUAAGAAAUUAAAUGCACGUAGUUACUUGGAGCUGUACCUAGUUCCCUAUGACUAGUAACAAUCUCUUGCAAGCAACCAAACAGGGAAACUUCUGCAAAUCAGAGAACUGGUUCUUUCCCCCCUUUGUGGCAUCAGUCUGUCAUAAAUCACUAAUAUAAGUGCAGGUGGGCUAGUAAACCUUUGUGGAAUCUUUCAAGGCUGCUUGAUAUAAGUGCUAACAAAACUUAUUAUAAAGUUAAAAGUAAACCACCAGCCAUUCACAUUGUCAAGGCAUUAAAACAGGUGUGGGGGACCCUUGUAGUCCUCAAGGUGAUUGUUCAUCCCAGAUCAUUGGCGAGGCUUCCUAGGGUUGAUGAGCGCUGGAAUCCAAUAACAUCUGGAGUGCCACAGGUUUCCAAUUCCUGCAAUAGAGGGAGGAAAAGCCUUAACUCUUCUUUUUAAUGAACCGAGAAAGGACUUUAAAAACAAACUCAAAAUUUCCUAAUUAAGCAUGAUACCAACUGGUUGCUUAAACAACACAUUAGCCAUGUCUAAAUAGAGCAUUUAUUUAGGGCCAUAAAUAAGUCCUUUGGUCAUAAAACUUAAAAAUAUUCUUUAGUGCAAGGGGAAAGAUAGCAAGGCUACUAAGGAAGGCGAUUUGCUUGGAGUACAGUUUUAAAUUCAUUUAUUUGGAAAUGUCCCAUUUCAGAAUUGCUGCCAAGUAAACAUUCAUAGAAUUCUAUUGUAGGUAUUCAGAACUUUCCAGUAGCAAAGUCUGGUGGUUAAUGGACAGAUCAGUGUUUUCCUAUGAGAUGGAAAGAAAACGAUCACCAUGUUAUCUGGUGAUGAAUAUUUAUGAUUCUACUUCUAUGAAAUGGAGUAUAAUAUAGAGCUCAGGUAGUUCAAGGUAUAAAAUAAAUGGAACCAGGACUCUUUGCAAGUCCUGACUAGUGGUUACACAUAUGUUUGGGGUCAGUCUAGCUCUAACACUGCACCAUGGUUAACUGUAAGCAGGGAAGAGACUGCAGCAUGUUUCCCAUUUCCUAACCAUGGUUAAAUGGUAAUAGAAUUGUUGGAAGGGACCCUGAGGGUCAUCUAGUCCAACCCUCUGCAAUGCAGGGAUAUUAACAUGCGGUUCCCUAUUCAAUUCGAAACCAUACCAGACCCUGCAUAGCUUUCCAAAUGUGCUAGCAGUUUUAUUGCUGCCCCAUAGCCUAUUCUCACAUCCACACACCAGACCUAAAAAGAAACACGACAAGCAAGCUCUUAAGUCAUGUUGCAGCAAAAACUUGUUUGCGUGCUAAAUUAGUAGAAAGGCUAGUCCCUGUGGUUUUUUAAUAACAGGUUUGUGCCGUAGCGUGUUAACCUGCCACAUGCCAAGAGGGCACAAAACAGUUUUCAGAAGCACUUGAGGUUGUGGCAUGGGGAAAAACAGCUUCAUAAUAUCCCUUCCAAAUGAUACUGAAGGAGGUUACGGCCCUUAAGUUUGUGGAAACAAAAACUAAGUUUUAGUCAUUUCUGCUGGUCUUACUUUCGAAGUACCAAGAGGUUGUUAGAAAUCAACAUAGAAACAAAUACAGCUUGCAAUAUUUGAGUGUUGUAGUGUGUUUCAGAUCUAAGGAUUUGGGUUCAGAUGCUACCACAAAGGCAACUCAGCUGAGUGUCCUUCCACAAGCGCAGUAUGGCUGUCAAAAUACAAUACUGUAGUGGGGAAGAAGAAACACCAUGUAGCUGCCGAAGCUCUUUUGCCAUGGUCCCAUCCAUACUACCGUGUGUCCAAGUGUUGCAAGCUAAAUUAGACAUUGCCAAGUAGGGUAGGCUGUGCAUGUUGGCAUAGCCAUGUUCAUUUUAAUAAUAAGUGUUUCAUGUGCCCCUGUACCCCUGAAGCGCAGUACAGACAGGAAUAUGACCAUGUUGGCACCAUGCCAUCCUGCCUAAAGCUACACUAGUAGCCACAAUUGUGGAAACGUUUUGGAGAAAGUGUAUUUCCAAAGCUUGAUGGCUCAUAACACCAUUUUCUUUUGGAGUCAUACCAUAAAAUUAUAUAUCAAUGGAAAGAUAGUUUAAUGAAGAAUGUAAUGCAAUGAAGUUUGUUUAAUUACCUGUAUUCUAUCAAAGCCAGAUGACACCUGAUUGGCUCUCUAAACACUCUUGUUUCUGGUUAUUUGGCAAUAUCUUUUGAAAGAAUACAGAUAAUUGAAUAAACUUUGUUGCAUUACAUUCUUCAUUAAAUUAUCUUUCCAUUGAUAUAUAAUUUUAUGGUUUUACUCCAAAAGAAAGUGGUGUAUGAGCCAUCAAACCUUGGAAAUACAUUUUUUUCAAAAGGUUUCCACAAUUUUGGCCACUAGUGUAGCUCCUCUCUUGUGGGUGCCUUACUGAAGGGAACUUAAUGAUCUCAUGCAUCUGUUUUAUAGACGGCUUUAAAAAAAGGUGCUGUUUGUUCACUUCUAGGAAUUAAGUACUUAUUUUCUUCCAGACUAGUCUUGUAGCCUUUUUAUUCAUCAUGGAAUAAAUUGAUUGUGUCGUAUACACAGUAGCUGACCAUUAAAUGUACAUCAGGAAAUAGCUGAGAUGGCUGGUUUUAGGCCUGAGAGAGAUGGGUCCUAUAGAGUGAACUUUUGCCCUUCCAGCUGGUAGUAGAUCUCAUCAGCUGAGUUGUAAUUGUUUAUAGCUGAAUUUUGUUUCUGUUUUUUGUCUAGAGUCCUGGAUUGGGGCUCAUCUUGUUUCUGCUCUGCAGACUGGGCGUUGUCUAAAAUCUCUCAACUGCACCUUGCAUACAGUAACUCACUAGAAAUCUGCAGCUGUAGUACAACAGCCUGCAAACUGUAGGAGAGCCACGUGCUUUUGACCAGCUUGAUUCCUCAAGCAUUCAAGUUGCCUAGAUAAAAGCUUCUGAAAAUUGCUGGAUUGGAUAUCUUGGCGAGGUCUGCAUCCGGUUUCAAAUGCCUAAAUACUCUAGGACCGUAACUUCAGAUUGCAGCCAGGCUGGCUUGACAGCACCAGCGUGGUUUUGUUUUAGGGCAGCUUGACGGGAACUUUGUGUAACUGAAUACACUUCCUACCUGUAAAUACCCUUGCUGGCUGCUGUGAGCCACUUAAGGAAGGCAGGGGAGCUUCAGAGAUUGCCAUGUGAGUGCAGUUUAUGACUGCAGAAAACAACACUGCUUUGCAGGUGGCAGAGGAAAGUAGGGACUGCCAUUAGCUGGUAGGCUACAUUUGGCUUGUGGGCAACAGGUUGGGCAGACCUUCUGCAGCUUACUUAGGAUUUCCUAGUACUUGUAUGGAAUGUUCUGAAAAUAUGGAUGUCUGUUCUUUUCAGGAUGUAGUAGGCCCCCAUAGGAAGACAUGGGCUCCAAUUUUGAAUAGCAAAGUGGGAUGGAUUAGCACUUUCUGAUUAACUGGUAGGAUUAACCAGUCAUAUAUUAUACAGUGGUACCUUGGUUCUCGAACGGCUUGGCUCCCGAACAAAUCUGCUCCUGAACUCCACAAACCUGGAAGUAGGUGUUCUGGUUUGUGAAUGUUUUUCAGAAGUCAAAUGUCCGACUCGGCUUAUGCUUGAUUGCAGGAAAUUCCUGCAGCCAAUCGGAAGCCUGGUUUUCAGACUGUUUCGAGAGUCAAACGGACUCCUGGAAUGGAUUAAGUUCGAGAACCAAGGUACCACUGUACAAGUAAUCAAGCUUUACAGUAAAGUGAAUCACAUAUUGGUGAUAACUGAUGUCAGAAAUGUUAAUAUGACCAACAAGCAUGGCAAGGGUUGGUAACUAUUGUUAUGGAUGGGGGUGGGGUGGGAAAAGGCUUGCAUGUUGCCAGAGAGAAGGGGACUAGCACACUAGUCAAAAUCUACUAUAGUGAGGGUGAAAUACUACUAGCAGUACUAAAGGAGAUUUGUCCCAAGCUUCUUGCAUAUGAUUAUCAGCAGUGAUAGAUUAACCAUAAUUGUUCUACAAUGCUUGUGUUGGUCAGCUAACGUAAAAAUUCCUGAAAGUAUACUGCACAACCAGUGAAGCAAAAUGAUUCAGGCAAGUAUAUUGAAUGUUAUAAUUCCAAAUCAGUUCUUUAAGUGUCAUUGCUUUAGUAGCUAAAACAGCAAGAGCCCCAUAUGAGGAGAUAUCAGUAUUGUUAUUGUCAGUUAACUCUUAUUUUGUGUUGUAUUUAUAUACCUAAACCUAGAUUGUGGAUUUUUCUUCUUGUAGCAUUGAAUAUUCUGUGUUUGUUGAAUAGUUGUGUUUUUGUUUUUUCAUUUUUGAAAGUAAAGUGGUACCUAGGUUUACGAACUUAAUCCAUUCUGGAAGUCCGUUAUUAAACCAAAAGAGUUCUUAAACCGAGGCGCGCUUUCCCUAAUGACGCCUCCCACCGCCGGUGCCCUUCGACCAUUCGGCUUCUGUUCUUAGACCAAGGUAAAGUUCGCAAACCAGAACACUACUUCCGGUUUUGUGGAGUUCUUAAACCGAAUAGUUUGUAAACAGGGCAGUUCUUAAACCAAGGUACCACUGUAUUUUUAUGUUAUGAAUGUUUGCUGUAAGCCGCUUUGGGCACAGCUCAUUGUUGAAAAGCAGCAUAUAAGUAAACUUAAUCAGUUUGCAAUAGUAUUAAAAAAAACUUCUGGGUAGGGGGGCGAACCCUGCUUAAUCAGAACUGAACAGGUUGGCUGACUGUUGUAUGGAUAAAAACUGAAUGGGAAGGAAAUCCAUCAUUGUCUGGAUAUAUAAUUUCCUGGUUCACACUGAGAGAAGUUAUUUUUAAAUGUCCUAGGGAUAGAAGUGGAAAUUUUAAUUAACUGGGAUUGGGCACUUCAGGACAGAAGACUAUCUCUUCCUGGUUUUAGUCUGUUAAGCACCACAUUUAGUGGUGGUUGUGUUCUAAGAAUAAAAAAUCUACAAAAGUUGCUAGUUCACUUUUAAAAAAUAAUAAUCUGCCCACUUAAACAGUCUUAAAUUGCUGUCACAAUACCAUCUAUCUGAAAGGAGAAAAGGCAGCAACUUUUCAGUUGGAAAAACUGAAACGUUGAUACAUUUUUUGUUUUAGGCAAAUGAUCUGGUUACAGAGACUAAGACUGCUAUGCAUAGGCAGGUUACUAAAGAUAUUGCAUAUACAUGUGCUCAAAAAACCCAUUCUGGUUUUCUGGAGACCCUUGAUUUACUUCUACAAUGCUUUUUAUACUUCUAAAUCAAGGGAGAAAUAUAUUCUCAGAGCACUAUUUACCAUAGGUGUGUGGCGACUUAAAAGCCAGAGAAAGUGUAUUUUUAUAAGGAAUCCAAAUAGCAAGACUAUUUAGAGACACAUGUUUCCUAUUUCAGAAAACAUUGUGAAUUCUGUACUUUCCUAAAGAUCAGGGAAGAUAACUUUGUCCGGGGGUAUCUGUUGCAGAAAAAUUCCCCAGAGAGUAGCUUUGUAUAGAACUCAUACACCAAUCCAGUUAAAAGUAUAUAAUGGAAUGUAGCUCAGCUCUUCUGAAUUAUUGAUACUUCGGUCAGUGAAGGGAUUCCUUAGUGACCAGCAAAUCCUUGCUGCCUGUGGUAAGUAAGCUUUUCUGUUUCUAACAUUCCUUUGCUACAGGGCAUGUUUAAUUAAAUGCAACUAACUCAGUUAAAGUGAAUUUAGUGCUCCGUGUGUGGUUUUCUAAAUGAAGCUGCGUACAUUGAUAUGAUAUUAGACGAUGUUUAUCUUCUCGCCGUUCCUUGGAAAAUGAAGCCAUAACGUUAGGGAAGUCGUGUAGUAAAAGUUAAUUCACAAGACAUGCACAAUCUCUCUUCUCUUUGCAUUUAAUUUCCUUCUGACCUUCCCACCAUCUGCAUAAAUGCCUGCUAAUUUUGGAAUACACUUCAUUUAUCUGAAUUGGACUGUGGUCCUUGCAAGUUUACGCCACACUAAAUUUGUUAGACUUUAGGGCAGGAGUGGGAAGCCAUUUUCACCCCCAGGGCUGCAUUUCCUUUUGGGCAGCCUUCCAGGGGCCACAUACCUGUGGUGAGGAGGGCCAGAGGCAGAACAACAAAUGUGAAUGUUAUCUUUGUACAGUAGGUUAAUUUCUGCACACGUUCCCAUACCUCUGUCUGCCCUCCAUCCAGACAAGCAAGAGGCAUGUUCAGAGUUCAAGAAUGCAUUUACAGUCAGGCAAAAACAUUAAUGGAGGGGGGAAAGCAGUACCUGUGGAAGGCAUGGCAGUUCCCUUCUGUCUUGCUUAUACCACUGCUUCCUCUCUGCUUUACUGUACAACAUCUCAGCUAGCUACUUGUCUAGACUUAAAGGGUUAAAUCUCCAGGUGUACAUUUCACACAUAAGACAGGAGUCAAAUGAAAAGAAAGUAAAAUGAGGGACUCAACCAUUGCAUCCUUAUUUGUCUGACUUGCAACUUUAAGGAAGAAAAUGCUUUGAUGGUCUUUCCACCGGAGUCUCCUUCAUAGCAGAAUAGACAGUCUUCUGGUGUCUCUGUAGCCUCAUCACAGCAGGGUUACCUGGUAGCACCAGCAAGGAUAUUUUUCUUUGAAGCACACAAGUAUAUUUUGUAGCAAACCAAACUAACUCUUCCAUUCAUUCGUAUCAUUAAGGAAAAAACACCCAAGCACCGCAGUCAUAGUCGUAAAGCCAUUAAGCUCUGCAUUUACUUCCUAAAUAAGCAGCUAGUGUAAAUGUGUGUGUUAUGCUAACUGCCAUAGAGCAAAUACACAGGAAUUGAGCGCAGUACGCCAAGUUCCGUUUUAAUAUACCAGUGCAGAAAGAACAGCUGUUUUCCAUACUUUCUGGUUCUCCCCUGAUCUUGCCAUGUGAACUCUGCAGAUCUGUGCUGUGCAUUCAACACAAGAGAAGCUGCUUGCACGGUCAUAGGUUUUUGGGGGUGGGGAGGGAAUUCACUUCCCCCUGGUUAUUUAUAGCAGGAGGCAUUCCAUGUUUUUGUUCCAAGUCAGUUUGUGGUUUCCUUCUGUUUCCAGCCAGUUCCAGACUUCUGCUUGCUGACAUACAGGUUUCUACCAUGGUGUCAUUGUGCAUCCCCCCUACUCUUGCAUUGGUAGGUGUGAUAAGUGCUAUGCAUGGUGCUUGUGGUGCUUGCACUGCCACUGGACUCUCUCGUAGUGGUGGCGGUGGUGGUUUGGACAUCAUGGUAAAAAGAAGGAUUUUCAGGCCUAAGUGGGAACUGUGUAUCGUCUCUUUUCCUCCCUCUGCACUAUGGACCAAAACAGGUUCUGGGCUGCAGCUUUCAAUAUUAGCAGAGCUUAAGCUGUUUAAACGUCCUGACCCCUGUGCUUGAGUAGGGCCAGCUGAGGUGGGCUCCCCACUAAGAUAAUUAUUGUUAAUGUUUGCAUUUUUCUGUUUGCCAGUUAAAUGAAUCCAUUCAACCUAGCUCUCUAAAACCUUUGGAGUACAGGUUAGUUUUGUUGUACAGAUACAGUUGAAAAUUGCUGUAGACUUUUUCAAGAUUGGCUUACUUUUCAAUGAAGAGCUUAACUUAGUGUACAGAUUUGACUGGCUAUUUCCUGAUUAUACAUUUUCAUUCCCAUUCCAAGGAUUCACAUUGUGAUAGUACCUUAAAAACCUAUGGAGGGUGUGGACAAAAGACACUUGCCUGUGGCCAGUUCUCUAUGUCAUCAGUAACUAAGUCAAAACAGCUGGGCUUUUUUUUAUACAAAGAAAACAUUGUUGUGGCAACAGAGAUGGCAUAGACAUUUGAAUGUGGACAUUGUGUUUAUGCUCUCUCAAGGACGAGGAUGGUUCAGCAAGACAACCUAGUAAUUUUUAAGUUUAAAUGCUGUUUCCAUUAACCCAUGGGUCACAAAUGCUUUUAAAACAUACAGUAGGCACCGACAACCAGUAGAUCCAGGGCUAAAUCUGACCCACCUAAGAAGUGCUGUCCAGUUCCCUUAGCCCAGGGCUGGGAAACCUGUGGCCCUCCAGAUGUUUUGGAUUAAUCCAACAAAACCUAGAGGGCCAUGGGCUCCUCAUACUUGCCUUAGCCAAUCCAGAAGCAUGUGUUUUUGUGUGGUGGGGAGGGGUCUUUUAUAUAUAUAUAUAUAUAUAUAUAUAUAUAUAUAUAUAUAUAUAUAUUUGAUUUAUCAUAAGCAUAUGCACAAGCACAUAACCGUACAAAAAAUAACUGUACACAGAGCAUAAUUCGUAUUAAAUUAAGAUGAGUCUAUAUAGCCCACAAUGAAGAGUCAGUCAUGGGAGGAGUAUUAAUGUGAUUCUCCCUUAUAUAUAAGAACCAGAAGCUCAGAACCAGAAACUAGACCACGUCAAACUGUCUGAUUUAGUUUUGCCGCAAACUGUGCAUUAACAUCUGUUCAGAUAAAGCAAUGUCCCAUAUACAGUCGUAUUUUGGAUCUUGAAUGACUUGUGAAUUGAACAUUUUGGCUCCUGAACACCACAAACCCGGAAGUGAUUGUUCCGGUUUGCGAACGUUCUUUAGAACCUGAAUGUCCGUUGUGACAUCUGCGGGUUCCAGUUGGCUGCAGGAGCUCCCUGCAGCCAAUCAGAAGCUGCGUCUUGGUUUCUGAACUGUUUUGGAAGUUGAACGGACUUCCGGAACAGAUUCCAUUUGACUUCCAAAGUACGACUAUUAGUAAAGCAUGCUUCAGGCAUAGGAACUUUAGAUGGUUUUCAAUCUGGCUGCUGAUAGUAACAUAAGUACUAGACUUUUAUAAGUUAUGGGAGAAUUAGCAUAAUUUGAUAAAGAAAGAAGGGAUCUGAAGGCAAAUGUUGUUGAGUAAUAGUCACUAUCAUUGAGAAAACCCAGGUCCAGAAUUAUUGACUCUACUUACAUUCCCACCACAAAUGAAUGAAUGAACCCUUUCCCCACACCCCAUCCAACAAGAAGGAGACACGGUAUUCAUAAUAUGGAAAGGUGUCUAGUGCCGUCACACAAUGGCUUUAAGAAUGGCCAGAAUGGACUUAAUAGGGGGGCUUCACCCAUAAUCAAUCCCAUUGUGCCUCAUUGUAUGGGUUCUGUGGCCAUGAGACAGACUAUAGCAGUCUCUUUUGCAGAGAUGGCUCUCCCCCUGCUGUGACUUCAGUAAAACUUGUUUCUGACUCGGAGUAAAUAGGGCAGAAACACUGUUUUUCAAGAGGAGGAUAUGAAUAAAGGGUAUGCUACUCUGAAACAAGCUGUUGAUAAUUCGUGAAUCUAACCAAUAUCGGCUAGCAACAAAUAUUCAGAUUCGCAACUUAAUCUCCAUCAGAGCAACGUGCAUUAGGACAUGGCUGGAGGCUUCGAGCUGAAUUGCAUUGAACCAUUCCAAGUGCACCAGAGAAUCACAGCAGUCUCUAAACUGAAGAGUGCUUCUGAUAUUUCUGCAGUUACGGUUCUCAACACCUAUAACUUGUGGAUCAUUAUUGUUUAGGGCUGAAAGAGUAAACAUUCUUCAAGUGCAUUCCAUUGAACUUGCUGAGUUUUAAUUACACCUGGGGUUAGGCUAUGUGAUGGUUAUAUGUAGAUUUGUGGGGUGGUUUAUAGAUGCUUGUACACCUCUUGUUGAUUUCUCUGCAGUUGAUGAUAGGCAGCUGAAUAUGUGAACCGUCACUCCAUUGAAUAGCAUUGCAUUUGAGAAGAGGUGCCAGUUCUGCUGAGGGUUGUUAGCUAUGUGACAACUCCCUCAAACAUGCAACUUAUCGCUUGAUAUGACAAACACUCAGUUUGUGCACCAGACCAAUGCUUCUGCAGAAUUGUGCCAGCUGACCAGUUCCUUGUUUUUUGUAAUAUAAAAAAUGUGUUCAAAUGCUGAAAAGAAUUAUUAGAGGAAGCAAUAAAGUACAUUGGAGCAAUGAACCUUUUGGACCUUUUCCUUCACCCCUUCUACUCUCUGGCUGAACUAUGUAUAAAUAAUACCUUGUUCGUAACUGUAGCCAGCCUUUCUCAACACACUGUUUAGGAUACAAAGCUAAAGAGUAAACUGUAGUAUCUUUCCACUGUGCUCCUCCCCCCUUCCAUAUUUUUUAAUGUGCUCUCCAUCUGUUGUUUUUGGGACUGUUCUGAGGAGAUGAUCUUUACAGGAGCAACUCAGUUGCAUACCCAUAAAUUUCAACCUGGACAUUCCAUUGGGUUUUCUGUUUUUCUCAGAGACAACAACCCUGUUGAUUCAAGGAAGGUAUUUUUAGUAGCUACUCAGUAAGUCUCCUUGAAAAUGCACUGGACACUCUCUCUAAGAUAGACCACCAAAGAGCUGACUAGGACAGUCUGCUUCAAGCUAUACAGCGGGUCAAAUGUUUUUGUACAGGAGCAGUGCUCUAAAACUUCCUUGUUGAAUAUUCAGUAGUAUCUGGGAAGCUGUCUUGUAUACCCCCCCCCCAAAUCCUGCAUUAUUGAUUAUAUAAGAUAUAUUUGCUACAAUUUUGUCCUGCUUAUGGCUAUUUACUCUUUAUGUAGAAUUUAUGUAGUUCUUUCUUCACAAUGUAUCUUCACAACAGCCUUAUAAAAUGAAUAGUGGUUUCCAUAUUGCAAGCAGGAAACUGAACAAGGAACAAUUAUUUGUCCAAAGCCACUCACUGCAUUAGUUAAGAAUUCUGAGUAUUGCUUCUUGAUCAUAAGUAUUGAGAAUGGAAGUCUAUGUUUUUUAAUGCACUUGAUUCCCGGAACUUUUUCUUAUUGUUGCACUAAGUCAGUUCGCUGUCAAGAUCUCCUUUGCUUUCUUGCUUUCCUUUCUUUGCUCAGCUCUCUCUUUGUUUUUCCACCCGCAUGUGGGGCUUGGAAACUCCAACAGCUGUGGGGGUUGACCAUGCAAAUCUUUUGCACUUGGCUGAAACUAAACAUCUUUGAGCAGCAGCAGUGCAGUUGGUGUCCCUGACCUCAAAUGCAUUUCUAGUAAUGUGGCUAUAUAUUAAAUUUGUUUAUGCAGCAAAGCAGCUGCUUUUCAUGGUCCAAGUCAAAAUGGCAGGUCUUGUCCAACGGCAGGCUUGAUAGUCUCCCACCGUAUUUGCUUCCCCAUCUGCAUUCCUGUUUCUGUAUCCCAAGUGGGCAAGUGGGUAUUUUACAUAUGAGCUCUCACGCAGAACUGAAAGCAGUAAUAAGAGUAUUAAACACUUAAAAUAUCAUAUAUCCAGACAAGUAUUCCAUAUUCCAUACAAGACAGGAGUAACCAACAUGGUAUCCUCCAGAUGUUGUGGACUACAACUCCCAUAAGUCCCAGCCAGCAACAUCUAGAGGGCAUCAUGUUGGCUGCAAGGACCUUCAAAGUCCCAUGAAUUGACAGCUUGAAAAAAAAAAUCUGAAUUUUACAUCUAGAGAAUAAAAACGCCAGUUCCCCUCUCCUGGAAUACCCUUUUUUAAAAUAAAUGCAAAACAAAGACAAAAUACACUUCUCUUUUCCUCUUUUCUGUGUUUACAGGUAUGGGGUCAGUCCUGAGAACAUCAUUCUGUACGGACAGAGUAUUGGAACCGUUCCCACUGUGGACCUGGCAUCUCGGUAUGAGUGUGCCGCUGUAAUCCUUCACUCACCCUUGAUGUCUGGGUUGCGGGUAGCUUUCCCGGACACUAGGAAAACAUACUGCUUUGAUGCUUUCCCAAGGUAUGUGCAGAACUUGUUCCCAGGAAACCAUUGUUCAUUUAUAAUACUUAAAUUGGACAUGUACCUUUCAAAAUGACAACAACUAAGCAAAGGCCAUGGGUACAUUACUUAGCCAAGAGUAGAUGUGGUGGCCUCAGGAAUAUCAGCAUAUUAGAGGGUAAAAAGCCCCCUGCUCGGUGGUGCGUUGAGGGUUUUUUCUUCUAGAUAUAUCCUCCAUUUAAUGUUUAUCAUGAAGUAUGUUGGUGAUGAUUUAAUGAGGGUGGCCUCAUUGGGAGACAGCACCUGCAAAGCAUGCCAGGAGGGUUCCAUGUUCACUGCUUGGCACCUUCACGUUAUUUAUUAAAUUUAUAUCCCACCCUUCCUCCCUGAAGGGUGCCCAGGGUGGCAAGUAGCAUAAAAUCUGCUGAAACCAUAUCCAGCAUACAAUAAUGAAAAUGAUCUAUAAAAAUCACAGUGCCUAGGUGCAACUAUUCCCUUCAAAAGGCCUGGGGAAAUAAAAGUGUCUUAAGAUUCUACCUGAAAGUAGUCGGGAGAAGGGGACUGCCAGAUUUUCCCUGGGAAAGGAGUUCCAGAGGCGGUGAAGAGCAGAAAGUGACCUCUGAGACUGUGGGAAGACGCUGGCAGCCAGAGUUGAUCAUGCUUGGCAAGAUGGGCCAGCAUUCUGGGUCAACAGAAAUAUCUUCAAAUGUUCAUAUAUUGCUAUAUACUUCUUAACUUGAACUGGCAUAUUGAGUGUGGAUCCACUGCUGACCUUUGCAAACCAAAGGUAUUCUGUGUUUCUCCUGUAAAUGCUUUUUGCGUGUUCUUUAAAAAUAUUGUUGGGUGUGCCUUUGUCCCACAUUGGAGGGAGUGGUGACUGGACUGUACUGGAGAAUUGUGAAGGAGAUAUGUAGUUCAACUUGUAUUGACCUUGAAGGUGAGAAUGGUGGGUGUAAUUGCAUACAACUUGUAGCGGUGGUUGAGUAUUAGUCAAUGACUGGUUACAAAAACCAUUUCUACCUCCAUAGUAGGCACCCACUUCAGUAUGGAUGUUCUAGUUCUACCCCCACCAGAAUAUGAAAAGUCACUUAGCUGAACUGGUUUCCUGUGUCUUGUUCUGAGGGAAUGCAUAGCACUUAAUAGACUCUGCAGUUAGCAAGUUUGAAAUGGUCCAGAGCGCAAGCAUUUUGGUGGUACAAGAUCCACUGAAAUGAAUGGGCCAAGCUUUGAGAACCGGAGCUGAACUGGAGCAGUUCAUCCAUUCUUGGAGGGACGUUUCUGGUGGGUUGCGCUGGAAUUAUGUGCUUUUGCUAUCGUGUCUUGGUAUAAUUCCUCUGCCCUCCUGCCUUUCUAACAGUUACAAAUAUUUACUAUAUGACAAAUUCUUCCUCUGAACAUUCAGGCUUUAAAAAAGUAUUCACAAGGUUUGGAACAGAGCUUGGAUGAAAUAGGCCAAGUCAAAUAGGAGGUGAAAAACAUCAGGGCAGAGACAGCGGAGGUAUUAUAUCAUUCACUUUCUCUUUUUGCUUUCUUGAGAGCUGUUUCUUACCAGUGGUCUGAAUUCACUUGAUCUGUUAAAUGCUUUGGUACUUGAACGAAUGCCCCCCCCCGCCCUUGUAAGAGAGAGAAAAUUGUUCAUUGCAGUUUACACAGAAAUCUUUUGUGUUUGCUGAUGUCCGAUAGUCUCUGUAGAUUUCUCUAGCUGCAGAACGGUGUGGUUAGGAAUACCAAGUGAGGCUAAUGUGCUUUCUGAAUGCUGCGUUCCCAAGCAGCUGAGCUGGCAGUGGGAUGCCUUCCAGUGGUUUUGCAAGCUGUAAAUAUUGUUUUGCUGAAAUGCCUGAUUAGGGAUGAAUGACACUAAUUAUGUGAGCACCACAAUGGAGAGACUUCCCCCCUCAAAUUUCCUAAAAGUGAGGACUGACAAUCUUGCUGUUAAGUCUUUGCAUACAUAAUUUCAUUAAGUGUUAUUAAUACAUGUAUGGGAGAAUCCCACUUGUGGCUGUGUCAAGGAUUCCAAAACAUAAGUUAGCAAGGGUAAGAUACAUUUUAAAAGAAAUAUAUAUUUGGAGAAGGAUCCCUCUGAGUUCUCACUGAAUCCUCACACCAGUUCACUACCCUGUUAGAAAUAAAAGACAUAGAACAGUGGUUCCCAACCUGUGGCUGGCAGACCUCCAGAGGGCUGUGGGGUUAUCCCAAGGGGUCAGUAGCAGUGGCACAGGACAGUGAGUCCCUUGAGUGGCAGGGUGAAGGCUAGAGCCUGGACAGGAGGGCAGAACCUGAAGGCUGGGAUGCCAGCAAGGCAGAGGGAUGGUGGCGGCUAACUUUGCCCUUCAUCUGAGGUGUGUAAGGCACUUGAGUGGCAGGCUUUUUGGUGCAGGGCGUGUCCAGUGCUGCCGUCCAUUGGAGGCUCCUUGACCUCCCCCCCCCCGCCCAGGGUUUGCCCUGCUUGCAGAGUGACUAUCCUUCCAAGAUGAGUGCAACCCCCAUUCUUCAUUCCCUUUGGCUUUACCCAACUGCUUCCAUGCCACUGGUGCCUCCAACAGAAUGAUGCAUAGUGAAACCGGCUGGCAGAAAAAACGAAAAGGAGCUGCAUGCUGUGGUAUAGCAGGGGUAGCCAGCUGGCAUCCCGGGUCAUGGCUUGGUGGUAGAGAACAUCAGAAGAACCUGGCUGCUGGGUCAGGCCAAUGGCCAAUCUGGUCCAGUGCCCUAUGGGAAGCCUGAAAGCAACGUGUGUGCUUUGCAUGCAGAGGGUCCCAGGUUUAAUCCCUGGUAUAUCCAAGGAAGGCAGAUAAAGUCCCCUGCCUGAAACCAUGGAGAACACGGCCAGUCAGUGUCGACAGUACAAAGCAAAAUGGGCACUGGUCCAGCAUGGUAUAAGGCAGUUUUCUGUGCGCACUCUCCCCAGCACAGCUCCGAUCGAAUUCCAGUGUGUCUCAACUGUUCACUCCAACAUACAGGCAAAUAUCCUGCUAACCCCCUCCUCCCUGGUGGGAACAACAUCUAAAGUUUUGGCAGAAUGCUUGUCUCGUUUCUUCUGUUCUUCCCAUUUUCUUCUUGCAUGGACAUCAGCUGCUGAGUUGCACAAAGAGAGACUUCAGACAGAGACUUUGAUGUUGUGCACACUGGGACGGAGAGGGUUAAAUGGCCCCUUCCCUGUUCCCCAUUUCCUGUGGGAGUCAGGAGGGACAGCCAUUUCUGCCAGCACCCUUUGCUCAGUUCAGAAUAUGGCCUCUCCUUAACAAAUGCAAUAGCCGUGAGCUGACAUCCAGCCCUCCAUGCUGUACUCACAGAGAGGGCUGAACAUAAUAUUUUGCUUUCUUCCUCUUUAAAGAUUCACAAGAGGUUCUUGCAUCUCCCACAACAACUGCCCUUGGUUGCCUCAGAGAGGCCUGCCUCAAAAUCUGAGAACUGUGAGCCUCCGAUGACCUCCUUGUAUUAAUUCUGUUUACUUAUUUACAUUGUGAAUUUCCAAAAUCCACUGCGAAUCUCCAAGUGGCUUCUUAGAAAGAGCAGCUGUAGCCUUCCUGCCAGGCACAGUUGGACAGUGUUGGCAGAAAAGAAUGAACAAAUGGCACUUUCUUUUUCGGGACAUAUUGAUGGAAAGACACAGAGCGUAAAGCUCUGAACAUGAGAGUAGUCUAAUUUAACAACAGCCGCAUGAAUGCUCAUCCGGGCUUUAGAAGCUUCAGAAGUGGCCAGGCUGAAUUAGCCAUUUCUCCUUCUAGAAUGCUGGAAACAGAUGACAACAAUUGUGACUUGUGUAUCCCUCUGGCUUUUCAGUUACCUGCCAGGAGCCCUUUUCACAAGAAUAGUAGAUAAGACCAGUCAUUGAAUUAGACCACCGUCCUGCUUCCUCAUAAUGGUCCACAAGAUGUCUCCAGAAAGCAGGGAAUGAAGACAGUUGCCCUCUCCUGCUCUCUCUUCCUCCCUCCAGUUGUUUUUUAGAGGUUGUCUACCUCUGAAAUAUUGAGUUUAUAUAUAGCUGGGCCCUGUUGCCCCAUAUUGUCUCAGAGCAGGGCCAUAGAACAUACCCAGUGCUCUCCUGUAGCUGUUUGUUGCGAAGGAGCAUCUGCAGUGGAAGAUGGAGUUAUCUUUCAGGUGCUGCUGAUGAGGACCAGGUGCACAUCCCGGGAGUCAUUUUCGACUCACAGCUGGUCCGAAAUGGAGGUGCAGGUCAAUUCUGUGUCCAGGGCAGCUGUCUACCAGCUCCAUCUGGUACGCAGGUUGAGACCCUACCUGCCCAUGGACUGCCUUGCCAGAGUGGUGCAUGCUCUAGUUAUCUCCCACUUGGACUAGUGCAAUGCGCUCUAUGUGGGGCUACCUUUGAAGGUGACCCGGAAACGGCAGCUAAUCCAGAAUGUGGCAGAUAGACUGGUGACUGGGAGUAGACGCUGAGACCAUAUAACCCCAGUCCUGAAAGACCUACAUUGGCUCCCAGUACGUUUCCGAGCACAAUUCAAAGUGUUUGUGUUGACCUUUAAAGCCCUAAAUGGCCUUGGCCCAGUAUCCCUGACGGAGCGUCUCCACCCCCAUUGUUCAGCCCGGACACUGAGAUCCAGCGCCGAGGGCCUUCUGCAUGGUUCCCUCCCUGCAAGAAGUGAGGUUACAGGGAACCAGGCAGAGGGCCUUUUCGGUUGUGGCGCCCGCCCUGUGGAACACCUUCCCAUCAGAUGUCAAGGAAAUAGAUAACUAUCUGACUUUUAGAAGACAUCUGAAGGCAGCCCUGUUUAUGGAGGUUUUUAAUGUCUGAUAUUUUAUUGUGCUUUUAAUUCUGUUGGGAGCUGCCCAGAGUGGCUGGGGAAACCCAGUCAGAUGGACGGGGUUUAAAUUACUUGUUAUUAUUAUUAUUAAUCUUUCCCAGAGUUUUCCAAAACAACUAUGACAAACUUGGUUUUCUCUGGUUACUGAACUUAACCAGUAAUGCUUUUCUGGUUUUUGUCUUUUACAUCCUCAGCAUUGACAAGAUCUCUAAAGUAACCUCUCCUGUCCUGGUGAUUCACGGUACCGAAGAUGAAGUAAUAGAUUUCUCGCACGGUUUGGCGAUGUACGAGCGAUGUCCCCGGGCGGUGGAGCCCCUGUGGGUGGAGGGGGCUGGCCACAAUGACAUAGAGCUUUAUGCACAGUACCUAGAACGACUAAAACAGUUCAUAUCUCACGAACUCCCCAAUUCCUGAAGAAACCUACUUGAUCUCUUUUCCUUUUCUUCUUCUUUUUUUUUUACCUCAGUUAACUGUGAAUGGAAGAAUUUACCUGUUUUUGCACAUGCAUUAACUGGCUUAGCUGUAAUAGCUUUAUACUAUGAAUAAAUGCCCUCUCAUUAGGGUUUAUCCAAUCAGCUCUUGACUGUCUUUUUAUAUCAGGAAACUGUUCUAACAGUCACUACUGUAAUCCCAAUUGUUUUUUUACCUUCAACACGCUAGAAAAGCUGGGAGUUUUAGAAGGGGUGCUAGCUAAACUUGAGGGAUACUACUUAAUCUAGCAGUUAUAAUACUUCCAACUUUUUCCCUACCCAACCCUUCAAGUUGCUUGUCUUAUAAUGUUUUCUUUCUCUUUGAGAAAAAAUCUUCCCACAAUCUGGAAUGCAAGAAACCUGGAUGAUAGCUUCCUACUGAUUUAUGGAACCAGUCUAAGAGCAUUCUCCAUGUAAAAUUUCUAGCUGUGCUAUUGUAACUGGAAAGGUUUUUUUGUGGUGAUUUCUCAUUGUGUUUUUUUUGUUUGUUUUUUGCCAACCUUCCCUUCCUAAGUAAAUUAAUUAAUGAAAAUUUCCCGGGGUCACAGAUUUCUAAAUGGGGCUAAUUCUGAAAUGACCUUUCACCAGUUUUCUGCAUAUUUACAAAAUAUUCCUAAAGGAAUAAUGACUGAACGGCUAAACCCUUUAAUUCUUUUUACUUUUUAAAAAAUGUGUAAAUUUACUAAACCCAGUUAUUCAGAUGAUGUUUACACUCUGAAUAGAAGCCAACUUUGGCAUUUCCUUGUGUAAAGCAUUCCUUAUAGAGGUUUUUAAAAGUAUUGUACAUAAGUGUAUUUACAUUUAUGCAUAACUCCUGAUUGGUAGUUUAAAAUUUAAGUCUAGUUAACAAAUUCUGGUUUGUAUAUGAAUACAUUUUGUUAAAGUUUUUAUCCCUGCAUUAUUUUGCUAUUAAAAGUUUUAUAAGAUUUCCAGGACAACUAAAAAUAUUUACACAUUUGUUUUUGACAAAUUUAUGUAAGAAACUUUCAUUGAAACUGAUCCUUUUUGUUUAGGGGAAAUUUUUCAUUCUCUGACACUGGAAUCGCACAGAAUAUGCAAGACAAUUAAAUCAUUACACUAAGAGGCCUGAGGUUUUUUCCCAAAUUGUACGGCCUUAAAUGUACUGUAAGCCUCUGAUUGUUGUAAAAAUGGAUUGCGAUGGAUUAUGGUUUGUGUUCUUGUUGCCAGAAUGCAACAACAGUGAUUGUAACGGAAUAAAGGAUGCAUGGAAUAGAGAAU